GUGGAACCUGCGCAAUAGAUUUUUCUGCGCAUGCACAGUUAUGACGUCACCGAUCCCCCCCCUCCGAUGGAACCUUCUGGAACAUGCGCAGUACCCCCCCCCCCCCUCAUGGAACCUUCUAAAACAUGCGCAGUAGAACCUGCGCAAUAGAUUUUCUGCGCAUGCGCAGUAGAGAAAAAGCGGUCCAGAACCGGCCUUGUAUAUCUACUCAUAACUGAUUCGCGCACUGAGGAAUAUAUCAAUAAUAAAUUCGAAGGAUUGAAGUUGUCGAUUCAAGCGAGUAUGACCAGCCUUAAAAGAAGUUUACUGUAUGUUUUCAAUUCCAAAAUACUUGAAGUCAAAAACACCAUUAUUGCCAAUAAUGCAGCGACUAUAAAAAUGCAAUCCUUAAACAUGACUGAGGCAAAAGUUGGUGUUGGGGUAACCUUGCCAAUCGAUACUCUUGAAAUCUUCAUUGGAUUCGAUAACUCGCUGGAAGGGAAUAUUGACCAGAAAAAUGCAUUGAUGGCUUUAUACCGGAUCUUGACUUGUGGUGAAACAAGCGCAAAAAAUUGCAUUGCGAAAACCAUGCUGGCGACGGUGACCAAAAACGUCGAGAAACACUACUCCGGAACAGGUCGCAAAGUACACGGUGUAGGAAAAGAAGAUUUUAGCAAAACGAUCGUAUUUAGCUGCAUUCAAGAUGUUCUAUUGGGAAAAUUCGGUGACUCCAAGGAAAUAGAAGGAUUGAAGGGAAAAAUCGGAAAAUGGCUAUCUGGUGCGACUGAUAGGGCUGGCGGUCGCAAAGAGCCAUAAAAUAAUAAUCGACAAAAGAAUAUAUAUGUUUCUG